UGAAGCACAUACACUGGAUUGUACAUUUCUUCUUUUCUGUCAUUAUACAUCAUAAUGGGUGCCUGUCUUUUUACGCAGCGCAUUUAGGUGCCAUUUUGUCGAGUUUUACGCACUCGUGUGUUCUGGUGGAAUUCAAAACCAAACCGCCAGCGGUGAUGUGGUGAGGCGUGUGUGUGCAUGUGUGUGUAUGUGUAAAAAUCUCCCUGUGUGGGCGGGAAGUAUGUGUGCAAUCAAAAUGAGGAGUCUGGAGAGGAGGGGAGCCCUUCAGCACCACUCGCCCCUGGACAGCGUCUGAAGCAGUGGACUGGUUGGAGAAAAGCGGGAGAUUCGCUGGAAAGCUGCAAACUGGAAGUUAAAUUGUGCACUUGUACGCACUCGUUCUUGUCGCAUCCGUGUCUCGUUUGCGCCAACGAACCAGGAAGCAAGAGGAGCAAACAAACAAACACACAAACAAACAAACAAACAAACAACUGCACGGCACUUUCCGUGCAGUCCGCUGGGCCCUCGUGUGAAUUUCCCCCAGCCUGAAGGACAGCAAGAAAGCCAGGAGCUCCAUAGUGAUUUCCCCACAAGCACAAGAAAGGCUAACGUGCUUCCUUUUGUUUUCUACUCAAGCUGUCUAAGAAUGCUCUUUGCAGUUUCACUCUCGGCUCUCUCUACAUCGUUGAGGUUGUGCACGUAGUGACCGCAUUCCACUGCAGGAAGACUGAAAAAGCAAAGAAGAAAAGAGCCAUACCCAACAAACCUGCACUAGGAUAAUUAAUUGUGUCCUCGCUGGAAAGAAGAUGACUUUGGUCUGAAUAUUGUGGCGUUUGCAUGUGCGUUUAUGCGUGCUCACCUCUUUUAUGGUCAAAGGGUGACAGGUGGCUGCUGAUUCAAAAUGAACCUGCCAGGUGGCUUUGUCUGGUGCUGGUGGCUGUCGCUGCUUGCUUGUUGUUUCUACACCUCCAGGGCGGCCAAGCCCAGAAUGCCUGGCCACACGCACCUCAACUCAAUACGCAUUGAUGGGGACAUAUCUCUGGGUGGGCUUUUCCCAGUGCAUGCAAGGGGAAAUGAUGGCAAAGCCUGUGGCGAGCUCAAGAAGGAGAAAGGGAUUCACCGGUUGGAGGCCAUGCUGUUCGCUCUGGACCGCAUCAAUAAUGACAACGAGCUGCUGCCUAACAUCACUCUGGGCGCUCGCAUCUUGGACACCUGCUCCCGCGACACUCACGCUCUGGAGCAAUCGCUGACGUUCGUACAGGCUCUGAUUGAGAAGGACUCGACCGAUGUCAAGUGCCUCAGCGGAGGGCCGCCCAUCAUCACAAAGCCGGAGCGGGUGGUCGGCGUGAUCGGCGCGUCUGCGAGCUCUGUGUCAAUCAUGGUGGCCAAUAUACUGCGUCUCUUUAAGAUCCCCCAAGUGAGCUACGCCUCCACAGCUCCAGAGCUGAGUGACAACACGCGGUAUGACUUCUUCUCCCGAGUGGUGCCGCCUGACACCUAUCAGGCUCAGGCCAUGGUGGACAUCGUCAAAGCCAUGAACUGGAACUAUGUCUCCACUGUGGCCUCCGAGGGAAACUACGGAGAAAGUGGUGUGGAUGCAUUCAUUCAAAAGUCUCGAGAGGACGGUGACCUCUGCAUUUCCCAGUCUGUGAAAAUCCCACGUGAACCAAAAGCUGGGGAGUUUGACAAGAUAAUUCGCAGGCUAAGUGAGAACCCAAACGCCCGGGUGGUCAUUAUAUUUGCCAACGAGGAUGACAUCAGGCGGCUGCUCCAAGCGGCAAAGAAGGCCAAUCAAACAGGCCAUUUUAUCUGGGUAGGUUCAGACAGCUGGGGGUCCAAAAUCUCCCCAAUACUGAACCAGGAAGAGAUGGCUGAAGGUGCUGUAACCAUCCUGCCAAAACGACAAUCCAUCAAAGGGUUUGACCGCUACUUCAUCAGUCGAACACUGGAAAACAACAGGCGAAACAUCUGGUUCGCCGAGUUUUGGGAGAACAACUUCCAGUGCAAACUUAGUCGACAUGCUGUGAAGAAAGGCUCUGGCAUCAAAAAGUGCACAAAUCACGAGAGGAUCGGUAAAGAUUCAUCCUAUGAACAAGAGGGAAAGGUCCAGUUUGUGAUUGAUGCAGUUUACGCCAUGGCUCACGCUUUGCACAACAUGCAUAAAGAUCUCUGCCCGGGGAAAGUUGGCCUCUGCUCCAAGAUGGAUGCCAUCAAUGGCACAUUGCUGCUCAAAUACAUUCGAAAUGUCAAUUUCUCAGGAAUUGCUGGCACGCCCGUGGUCUUCAACGUGAACGGAGAUGCUCCUGGUCGCUAUGAAAUCUACCAAUACCAGAUGAAAAAUAACACGACAGAGUAUAAAAUCAUUGGCCACUGGACCGACCAUCUGCACUUGGAUACAGAUGAAAUGCAGUGGCCAGGUGAAACACAAGAAGUGCCCUCAUCCAUUUGCAGUCAACCCUGUCGCGCUGGCCAGCGCAAGAAAAUUGUGAAAGGAAUACCGUGCUGUUGGCACUGUGAGAAUUGUGACGGCUACCAGUACCAGGCAGACACUUACACAUGCAAGAUGUGUCGCUUCGACCUUCGGCCCAAUGACAACCACACUGGCUGCAUUCCCAUUCCUAUCGUCAAGCUGGAGUGGAGCUCUCCGUGGGCCGUCAUCCCCGUCCUGAUCGCCGUCCUGGGCAUCAUGGCAACCGUGUUUGUGGUUGUUACCUUUGUGCGCUACAACGACACACCCAUUGUCAAGGCGUUGGGUCGAGAACUGAGCUACGUGCUUCUGACUGGUAUCUUCUUGUGCUAUGCCACAACGUUCCUCAUGAUCUCCGCUCCUGAUGUGUUUAUAUGUUCACUGCGCAGGAUCUUUCUUGGCCUGGGUAUGAGUAUCAGCUAUGCAGCCCUGCUCACGAAGACAAAUCGUAUCUACAGAAUUUUUGAGCAAGGCAAGAUGUCAGUCAGUGCCCCUCGCUUAAUUUCCCCGGCCUCACAGUUAGUCAUCACGUUCAGCCUGAUUUCAGUGCAACUCCUCGGGGUGUGUAUCUGGUUUGGCGUCGACCCCUCGCAAGCCAUCAUCGACUACGAAGACCAACGCACGGCCAAUCCCGAUACGGCCCGCGGAGUUUUAAAGUGCGACAUAUCGGACCUUUCUCUCAUCUGUCUGUUGGGAUACAGCAUGCUCUUAAUGGUCACCUGCACGGUUUACGCCAUCAAGACCAGAGGGGUUCCGGAGACGUUUAACGAGGCCAAACCCAUCGGCUUCACCAUGUACACCACCUGCAUAGUAUGGCUUGCCUUUAUCCCCAUCUUCUUUGGGACGUCACAAUCGGCAGAAAAGAUGUACAUCCAGACCACAACCUUGACCAUCUCUGUUAGCCUCAGUGCAUCCGUCUCUCUGGGUAUGCUUUACAUGCCCAAGGUCUACGUGGUUCUCUUUCAUCCGGAGCAGAACGUACCAAAGCGCAAGCGCAGCCUGAAGGCUGUGGUCACCGCAGCCACCAUGUCCAACAAGUUCAACCCAAAAGGUGGUCUGAGGCCCAAUGGGGAGGCAAAGUCAGAACUCUGCGAAAGUCUGGAAACACAAGUGUUGGCCUCCAAGCAGACAUAUAUAAGCUACAGUAACCAUGCCAUCUAAGAGGCAGCCGAGUGUGAGCCCAAGGAGAGAUACUAGAAGAUAUGCUGCCGCACAGACGAAAGCUGGGAUUGAAAGGAUGUCAUAUUUUUUUAGAUAAUAAACACCACUUCUAUCAGACAUGAGUCGAAUGCAAGCAAGAGAUGAGGGAUGAAAAGUCGGGAACCGUUCAUUUCCCCCUUCCCUGAGACACAUAAUGUUGGGUUGUGAUGUUUCCAGGCACAGGAUGAAUGCGCCACCUCAAACCAACACUUUGUUUGCUUUCAGAAGUCAAUAGCACAUAUUUCAGGCAUCUCCUUGGCUGAGCCAUUCGACUCACUCAAAAAACAAACAAUAAAAACCUAGGUGGUGGGGGAUGAACUAAAUCUUGAUGGAGUUGCUACUCGUCAAACUGUACACUGCCUUACAAGAGUUUGUGAACUAACCAUAUCUGGCGACAGUCAAAAAGAAAUCGCUCGGUCAUUCCGAUUUAUUUGUGUUUUCUAUCAGUGUUUCAUAAUUGUGUCAACAUCGCCAUCAAUUUUUGGGGCAAACCUAAUGUACAGUCCCAGAGCAUGCUUGUGGGCGCAUCACGUGUACUGUGCUGUGUUGUCAAUGGAAUGCGAUGUGUCAUGAUUGUCAUUAACAGUAGCGACCAUUAGCCAACCUCUGAAAACGGAGUCCAACAACACAGAAGUUGAUUUGUUUAGCUCAAUGAGGAUAUGGAGUCUACUUUAAAAAUGUCCAAUUAAAUGGCCCAUAUUUAAUUAAUCUUUUGUUUUUAUGGAAUAUAUUUGGGAUCCCCCCCCCUUACACGGGAUUUUGGAAGCUGUUAUUGAUAGUUACAAAAUCAAGGCUGAUCGUGUAUUCUAGCAUCCAUUCCCUUCAUUUUGUGCACUGACCUCUCAUCUCUCACGGACCGCUCAUGGUGUCGUAUGCUUUGCGUAACGUCUGAGUGCAUUCUGUUCAAACACUACGAAAGAACUCAGUGUACAAAAUCGAAAUGUGUAAACUCCACUUCUGUCGUCUGUCUCUCUAAUUCUCCUUCCGUAUUCCUCGUGAAAAGAGCAACUCUUGAAUUUGUCACAAUACUUAUCCUCAGCCAUGCAGAAUACGUUUGUUGCAUGUCGAAAAAUGUAAGUCAUGUGAACAACUUGAUAUUCAGGUCUGAUGUCCCGGAAGGUAACUGUUGAAGAGAAUUAUAACACACCAAGGGAUUGGGUUUUAUUAAAAAUUCUUGCAGCUCUCAGCUAGAAGAAUGGUUUUAAGAUAUUGCUGCAUAGGCAUUUUUUUCCAUUAUUUGGAUAAAGUAUUGUUUGUGGGAAAAGUGUUUGUGAUAAUGAAUACACUUAACGGCUUUUUUUGUCACAAUAUUGCUUUUAUUUUUCUAAAACAUUGUAUGUGGAACAAAAUAAAAAAAAUGUUAAGUGCUGAGUUUUGAAACUACUGUAAGUGGCAAGUAAAUGUAUGUUUACAAAUGGUUUCAUCAUGUUUGCUUUAUGUAUGGAAAUUAUUUAAAAAAAAGGGAAACAAAAAUAAAUACAGUGCCUGGAUAUUUAUGAAUUAUCUAUAGAAAAGAAUACAGAUGUGUAGAGCAUGUUCAUUUUUAUACGAGAUGUUUCUAAUAAAAGCACACUUUU